AUGUCUGGCAACAACAAGGGUUCUACACUAGAAUCGAAGAGCCCAAUCAAAAUCACGGGUGACUCGAAGGACGCGAGUGCCAAAUAUGGGCCCGGGGACAUCAUUCCAGGGUGCAAAGUGUAUGCCCAGAAAGAUGGCGAGAUUCGUUUGGCAGAAAUUCUUCAAGAACAUGUACGUAAAGGACGCAAAGUGUACUACGUGCACUAUCAGGACUUCAACAAGCGUUUGGAUGAGUGGAUUGGUGUGGAUAAAAUUGAUUUUUCACGAGCCCUUAUUGCACCUGAGGUCAAGGUAGAUAAGAAGGAAGACGGAAAGGAGGGUAAAAACAAAGCUCUGAAGUCCAAGACGAAAAACUCAAAGACCCCUGGUCCUGGUGAACUGGUGAGUGCGAGCGCGACGCCAGAGAUCAAAAAUGAAGAUGAGUUAGAUUUGGAUAACUUAAAUGUUCAAGGUUUAAAACGACCUGGAGAAGAAGUAAGUCGAGAGCAGGAAAUCAAAAACUUACGAACAGGUGGUUCCAUGACUCAAAACCAUCUGGAUGUGGCUCGUGUUCGUAAUGUGAACACUGUGAUUCUUGGAGAGCACAUUAUCGAGCCAUGGUACUUCUCUCCGUAUCCAAUCGAGCUUACAGAAGAGGACGAAAUCUACAUUUGUGAUUUCACGUUGUCGUAUUUCGGCUCCAAAAAACAGUUCGAGAGGUUCAGAACCAAAUGCUCAAUGAAGCAUCCUCCCGGGAACGAGAUCUACCGAGAUUCAAAAGUCAGCUUUUGGGAAAUCGAUGGGCGCAGACAGAGAACUUGGUGUAGAAAUCUUUGUUUGCUACUGAAAUUAUUUUUGGAUCACAAAACACUUUACUACGAUGUUGAUCCUUUCUUGUUCUAUGUUAUGACCAUCAAAUCGGCCCAAGGACACCAUGUCGUUGGCUAUUUCUCAAAAGAAAAAGAAAGCGCAGACAACUAUAACGUCGCCUGUAUUCUCACGUUACCUUGCUACCAAAAGAAGGGUUAUGGUAAGCUUUUGAUUCAGUUUUCUUAUAUGCUUUCCAGAGUGGAAAACAAAAUUGGUUCGCCUGAAAAACCCCUUUCAGAUUUGGGUUUAUUGUCGUAUCGUGCGUACUGGACAGAUACCCUUGUCAAGCUCAUAGUUGAAAGGAACAAUCCGCUGUUGUACAAGAAGAAUAACCCAGCACCUGUCGCUGAUGCUAAGGAGUCAUCUGAAACACCACCGCCAUCCAGACUGGCUCACAAUGGCUCGUCAACUCCAACCAGUGAAAUCACUAUCGACGAGAUAUCCUCCAUUACCUGUAUGACAACGACAGAUAUACUACACACACUCACCACACUCCAAAUUCUUCGGUACUACAAGGGACAACACAUAAUAGUUGUCACCGACCAGAUCAUGGCAAUGUAUGACAAGUUGAUCAAGAAAGUGAAAGAGAAGAAGAAACAUGAGUUGGACCCUCGCAAGUUGCAAUGGCAGCCACCCUCGUUCACUGCAAACCAGUUACGUUUUGGUUGGUAG